UAAAACCUAAAUGGUCCUAAGAUGUUCUCAAAAACUCACUAAUCGCAGGCUUCCGUCUGUUCGCUGAUGUUGUGAUCAUCUACGAAAAUGAGAUGCGCAAAAAUAACCCCCAACAUGGAUCCUGUGGGACACACCUGAUCAGUAAUUCAGCAGCAGAGCAAAUGCUUAAAAACAUUCCAGAGCAGCGGAUGCAGAUAACAUCUUCAUAAAAGCCUCUUCAACGCUCUGCUGUUGUCAUAAGGAGGGGUUUUGGGAACGUUAAGACGCAAUAAAACCAAAACGCACAACCCUUCAAGUUUGCGGUUUGCAAUAUCCUACCAAAAAAUACCCAACCAUUGCUUAUAAACGUAGUUAUGCGUUUUGAACCAUGAGUAUAUGUGCAUGGUGUGAUUAUUGAAACUUUGCAUUAGUGGUUAUUGUCUGUGUAUUUGAAUAACUCACAUACGCACUAAAAGGGCUCUUAUCAGGUGACAACUAGAGUUUGAAAUGUGGAGUAUUCAAACACCCUUAAGUACACUGUACCCUGAAGGAAAACCCAAGGUAAAACAAAGCUUUUGUCACAGAGGUUGACCUGCCUGUCCUAAAUAUUAGUCUUGGUGUGACCAGUGUACAGUGCUGAUAUGAUUUCAGGUCACAGGUAUGAACAGUAUAUAAGAAGGACCAGCAAACCAGUGUCAAAUCGCCAGCAAGCAUCUUCUCAACACGACCUCUGCAUUCUCUCCGUGAAGAUGUUGGCAGCGUUGGCUCUGGUUUUUCUGGUGUCCAUGGUGACUGAGGGACGGAUAGUGAGUAAAUGUGAGCUGAAGGAGCAGCUGGAAGCAUCUCAGAUUCAGGUGAUUAGAUCCAUAGGAGACAAAGCGACCGCGGACACGCUCAUCGCUACACUUGUUUGUAAUGCGGAAAAAACCUCCGGCUUCAACACCAGCCUCAUCGCCAGCAUUCAGAUCGACCGAGAUAACUUAAGACCUCCAUUCCAAAUUCCUUCUGGACCAAAGGAGGAAAAGCCAUCAGCGGAGGAAGAAGAUGAUGAGAAACUGGAAGAGGAACACAUAAUCCCUGUCAAACCGCAACAUCCUCCCAAAGGAAUACAUGGAGGAUCCGUCCCUGAGGGUAAGACCGUUGAGACGCUAGGAGAAGAGGAGCCUUUCUGGACAUGGCGCCGCACUCUCUCCCCAGAAAAGACCCCCGCAGAGAUGUCUGGAAGCGGCCCGGAGGCGAUGUCCGAGGAGGACAGCUCCGGAGACAGCUCGGAGGAAGAGGGCCGCAAUGAUAUCAUGGGUUUCAACCGGCUGGGAAUCUUCCAGCUGAGCGACCGCGUGGCCUGCGAUCCCGGACAGAGCGCAUCGCUGAACCUUUGCGGCCUCGAGUGCGGCGCUCUCCUUGACGAUGACAUCUCCGAUGACAUCGCUUGCUUGAAGACUUUGGCGGGAGGCAGCGACAAGAUGCUGCCGGUGAAGGAGUGCCGCUCUGUCCUUCCUUCCGAGUACUUCUCCGAGUGCUCCUAGAAGAUCCAGGGCGAUGAAGGUUAUCCGUCUGGAGGCUGAAAACAUCUUCACCACUCAACGGUUGAGCCGUUUUUUCAACACUUACUUUUUCGCACACUUAAAAACCCAGUGAACUCCAAAUUGGACCUGCUGUUAAUGUAUAUCAGCUUUGACAUCAUUUAUAUGCUAAUGCACUGCUAAACACUGAGAAAACGAACCGUUAUGCAUUUGAAAUCUUCAUCUUCCUGAAGAAAGAACGUUUUUUGUCCAAUUGAAUAAAAACAUACCUUUUAAAGCAUACUUAAAAGGAGUGCUUAUACGAAAUAGCUUUUAUCACGAUUCAUGCCUGUGACGUGAACUCAAAGCUUGGCAAAGAAUCAAGUAGUUCUCUGGGUCUUUACGUUUUUUAUCUAAUCAAGGUCAGAUGAGUUUAAUCUUGAGGCAUGAUUGCACUCUCGGUGCAAUCUCCGCGCUUAUAUGAUUUAAUCAUAGAUGCUUUUUAUUGAUUUAUUUAUUUUACAAAAAUCAUAUCUAGGUCUUUGAUCUAAAUCGAAUCGGUUUUCGUUUACCUUGCAUGUCUCUCUUUGUACCCACCUGCACCAAUACUCAAAAGUUUGUUUUAUUAUUAUUACUUUCUAAACGAUUUCAGAUGUGUGCAGCUAUUGGUCAGCGCCAUGAUUUAUGUCACUUUAAAAAUGGUUGAUGGUUUCCAUGACCACUGCGUUAAAAUCUUUAACACAUAAGAACCGCACACUAUGACUCAUUAGUUAAGUAUUAAUAAAUAGUCAAUGUAUCUUUUAUAACACAUUGAUCCAAAUUAUAGCAAUAGUAUAAAUACAGCUAUAAAUGUUUUGUUCUUGAGCAUAUCUAUAAUGUUUAAUAAAGGUAUUUUCACACUAUAUUGACAAUUCUAAAUUAUUACGUUAUUUACAAACCCCUUAUUAGUCAUAAGAUCAUUUAGAAAGCAGAAGUAAACGAUUAAAAAAACUAUUUAAAUGUACAUUUGUAAAUGCAUGCUUAUAAAUCAAGAACAAGCCGUUUAUAGACGUAUUUAUAAAUGUGCUAAUGCUUAUGAUUCACAGUGUGCGCUUAUUUUAAAGUGUUACCAAAUCUUCAAAUGGUCAUUAUGAAGAUGCCGGUUUUGUCGGGAUGCUUAUAAAAGUCACUGUGAAGACCGCAAGCCAUCGCCGUAGCUUAUAUUCAACAGUAUAAAACCGUCUCUGAUUUACUGUCACUAA